GGAAAGCAGAGAGCACCAGCGGAGAGACGGCAAAGGGUUACAAGUGAGCUGGCUGCAUCUGCGCAUAGGUGAAGCAGGGGGGCUUCCGGGGGCUACAGGGUCUACAAGGCGCCGCUGAUGCAAUCACGCAAGUCAUUGCGUCAAAGCGUGGGUUUGGGGAUGCGGCAUCCCGCAUCCCACUGCGGCUAAUUCUGCAGGCAGCCUCCGCUACCAAUUUGUCCGCUCUGCGCAGCAACUUCCCAGCAAUCCGCGACCACUGCGGCAACUCCCGAGAACCGCAGGAGCCAUGAAACCGGCCGGUAGCCGCGGCUGGGGCUGGGGUGGCGGUAAAAGCGGCAAAGGCAGCAAAGGCAGCAAAGGCAAGGGAGGCGGCAAGGGAGGCAGCAAGGGAGGCGAUGGGGGCUCGGGGUCCAAAGGCAGCUAUGGAUCACGCUCGCGCAGCUACGGUAGCAGCAGCUACAGUGGCAGCAGCUACAGCGGCGGCGGCUACAGUGGUGGCGGCGGCAGCUAUGGUGGCGGCGGCGGCGGCGGCAGCAGCGGCGGCGGCAGCGGCGGUGGCUACGGCGGCGGCGGCUACGGUGGUGGCGGUUACGGCGGCGGCGGUGGCGGCAGCCGAGGCCGGGGGCGAAAGCGCGGAGACAGCAGGGACCGCGGCGGCAGUGGUCAUCGCCGCGGCCCCGGCAGGGGCAGGAACAAGAACCGCCGCAGAAAGGCCAUCACCGUGACGGUGGAGCCGCACCGGCAUGCGGGCGUGUUUAUCUACCGCGGUGCGGAGGACGCACUGGUCACGAUGAACUUGGUGCCGGGAGUCUCGGUGUAUGGCGAGAAGCGCGUCACCAUAAUAGAGGACGGCGAGAAGGUGGAGUACCGAAUGUGGAACCCCUUCCGCUCCAAACUGGCAGCCGCUAUCCUGGGGGGUGUGGACAGGAUCCACAUCAAGCCCAAGUCCAGAGUGCUGUAUUUGGGCGCCGCCUCUGGAACCACCGUCUCUCACGUCUCCGAUAUCAUCGGCCCCGAUGGCCUGGUCUAUGCGGUUGAAUUCUCCCAUCGCGCCGGCCGUGAUCUGGUCAACGUGGCCAAGAAGCGCACCAACAUCAUCCCAGUACUGGAAGAUGCCCGGCACCCACUCAAGUACCGCAUGCUCAUCGGAAUGGUGGAUGUGAUCUUCGCUGACGUGGCCCAGCCAGACCAGUCCCGCAUCGUGGCGCUCAACGCCCACACCUUUCUGCGCAACGGAGGCCACUUCCUCAUUUCCAUCAAGGCCAACUGCAUCGACUCCACAGCGUCUGCGGAGGCCGUGUUUGCUUCUGAGGUGAAGAAGCUGCAACAGGAGAACCUGAAGCCGCAGGAGCAGCUCACCCUGGAGCCCUACGAAAGGGAUCACGCUGUGGUCGUUGGGGUCUACCGGCCCUCUUCCAGGAGCAGCAGCAAGUGACCGCAG